CAAAAUGAAUAAAUAGCCGCCAGUCGCGGUAUAGAGCUCACGGUGAUACAAUGUACGUGGUGGACUUACGAUCGGAUACAGUGACGAAGCCGACGGCGGCGAUGCGUCGGGCCAUGGCGACCGCCUCGCUCGGCGACGACGUGUACCGCGAGGAUCCUACUGUCAACAUCUUGGAGGGGAAGUGCGCCGCACUGCUCGGGAAGGAGGCCGCACUCUUCGUACCUUCGGGGACCAUGUCGAACCUAAUUGCUCUGAUGGUGCACUGCAGUAAGCGUGGCUCAGAAGCAUUCGUUGGAACCCUCUCGCAUAUCUACAAGUAUCAAGUGGGAGGCGCUGCGCACUUGGGCAGUAUCUUGUUAUCUACAAUCGAUAACAAGCCCGAUGGCACGUUCGAUCUCGAAGAACUAGAAAGCCGAAUUCGUGGAGGGAACAAUAACGAACCUAUUUCGACUGUGGUGGCUCUUGAGAACUCUCACAAUGUUUGCGGCGGCAAGGUCCUAUCCUUAAAAUUCAUAAACGAUGUAGCAGCUUUAUGCAAGAAGCACUCCCUCAUCCUCCACAUGGACGGCGCUCGUCUGUUCAACGCGAGCGAGUACCUGCAGGUGCUCGCGAGCCGCGUGGUGCGCGACUGCGACAGCGUCUCCGUCUGCUUCAGCAAGGGACUGUCGGCCCCAGUGGGGUCGGUGCUCGUGGGGACCAGAGACUUCAUUGAACAGGCGCGACGUAUCCGCAAGAUGCUGGGUGGCGGCAUGCGGCAGGCAGGAGUGCUUGCAGCUGCCGUACUUGUAGGACUAGACGAGAUGAUGCCGCAGCUCUACCUGGAUCAUCAGCGAGCGCGCCGGCUAGCAUGUGCUAUCCGCAACCUCGGGGUAGACACGUUCUCAGUUGACGACGACGUUCACACUAACAUAGUGUUGGUGUACAUAUCUCCUGCGAGUCGGCUCGUUUCCAAAGACGUGGUGAAGAAUUUGGCGCAGAGUGAUGAAGAUAACCAGGACUGCAGAACUGCGAACAACGAAGACAUUGUAGUAAAGGCAAGUUCCUUCGGCCCAAAGAUCGUAAGACUGACGCUACAUAAAGACAUCUCUGAUCAGGACCUAUCGCUUGCAAUCAACAAGAUAUCCUACGUGUUCAGACAACUGGAUAGGCAUAGAGUUACAUCUAAGUUAUAGACUUGAGUGUCCUAGACUAUAGUACUUAUCAAUAAAUGUUAUAAGCAGUA